AUGGAAUCAUACAGGGUGUUCAGUGCGCCUUCCAAGGCCAUGGUCGCCGGUGGAUACUUGGUUCUUGAUCCACAGUAUAGAUCGUUCGUCACUGCUUUGUCUUGCCGAAUGCAUGCUAAGAUUCAGGAAUUGGAGCUGGGUAGCGAAAAGACUUCACGAAUUUGCGUAUCUUCUCCACAAUUCGGUGGUUGUUGGAAAUUUUUAGUGGAUGAUACUCUUGCAAUCCAGGAGACAACGGGUUCGAGAAACCCAUUCUUGGAGGCCACCAUCAAGGCCGUUUAUGGGUACGUCAGACCUCUGGCGGCAUCAUCAUUUCAAAUCACAUUAUUCUCAGAUCCUGGCUACCAUACUCAGGAUGAUACGACCGUCAAGACGUCGAGUAAUCAACAGAGACGAUUCUUGUACCAUGAAAAGCCAAUUGAACAAGUCCCCAAAACCGGCAUGGGUCUGUCUGCUGGCUUCGUGACAGUAGUCACUGCCUCUCUUCUUACUGCAUUGUUGAAUAAGCCUGUCACUGAUAUCCGCGAUGUGAUCCACAAGGUCGCUCAGAUAGCACACUGCGAUGCUCAGGGCAAGAUCGGGUCUGGUUUCGAUGUAGCUACUGCUGUUUAUGGCUCCAUCGUGUACCGGAGAUUUAAACCAGAGGUUAUAAACCAUCUCUUGGGUAGGGAAGUGAAUGAAGAGUAUAGCUCUGCCUUGAAACAAGUCGUCGAUAUGGACUGGGAUUUCACAAGUAGUCCUUGCACGCUCCCUCCUGGAAUAAAAUUGCUCAUGGGCGACGUUAAAAGUGGCUCGGAGACACCAAAGUUGGUGUCCAAGGUCCUCGCUUGGCGCAAAGAAGACGUAGAGAGCGCGUGUGUUUACAAGCAGUUAGACGAUGCAAAUGAGAGCUUUAUGCGCGAAUUGGAUGCUCUUUGCUCGCUCUACAAAAGCGAUCCUACGAAGUACUUGUCUCUAGCAGAUGUGCACAAGUAUGAGCCUCUCAAGAAUGCAAUCGUAGCGAUCAGAAGGGGUCUCCAGGCACUCACAGUCAAAUCUGGUGCCGAAGUUGAGCCACAAGAACAAUCGCGCUUGUUGGAUAACUGCUCAAAGCUCCCUGGGUGUCUAGGAGGUGUGGUCCCAGGAGCCGGUGGAUACGACGCAAUCUGCAUCUUUGUUCUAGAAAAGGACUUGCAAUUACUUAGAGAAGCAAGUGCAUCGAAUCCAGAGUUCCGCGAAGUGACCUGGCUUGAUUUGACAGAAGAGUCGGAGGGACUUAUCGAGGAAGACGCAAAAGAAUACGAAGGAUUAUAA